GAAUGCAAAAUUAAUCUGUCCGUACGGCUGAAUAAUCCAUUCCCCCUUCCCUUUCCUCCCCCCCCUCCGAUCCAACCGCCGGCGGCGGCGGCGGCGACCGGCGGCCAGAGCGAGCUCCGUCCCGAUCCGGCGGGGAGGGGCCUCCCCGCCCCCACGCGCUAACCUCCCCAGGCGGCCUCCUCCUCCUCCUCCUCCGCAGCGAUGGGCUCCAUGGAGCCGUUCAACCGGCUGGUGAGGCUGGCGGCGCGCGCCUUCUACGACGACAUCUCGAUGAAGGGCGACAACCAGCCCAAGACCUCCCGCGGGGACAACCGGGGGAUGGCUGUCGUCGUCCUCGACGCGCUCACCAGACGCCAAUGGGUUCGAGAGGAGGAUUUGGCUAAGGCAUUGAAACUCCACUCAAAGCAAUUGCGCCGUAUCCUCCGAUUCUUUGAAGAAGAGAAACUAGUGACACGAGAUCACCGGAAGGAGUCAGCAAAAGGAGCAAAAAUAUACAGUGCAGCAGCUGCAGCUGCUGGUGAUGGUCAAUCAAUUACCAAGGAGGGAGAAGAGAAAGUAAAGAUGCAUACCCACUCGUACUGUUGCUUGGACUAUGCACAGAUCUGUGAUGUUGUAAGGUAUCGGAUACAUCGCAUGAAGAAAAAGUUGAAAGAUGAAUUGGACAGCAGAAAUACAAUCCAACACUAUAUAUGCCCUAACUGUAAGAAAAGGUAUUCAGCCUUCGAUGCAUUACAGCUUAUAAGCUACACCGAUGAGUACUUCCAUUGCGAAAAUUGCAAUGGUGAGCUAGUUGCAGAGAGUGACAAGCUUGCUUCUGAGGAAAUGGGAGAUGGUGAUGAUAAUGCAAGAAAACGCCGGCGUGAGAAACUAAAGGAUAUGCAGCAAAGGAUCGAUGAACAAUUGAAGCCAUUGCAAGCACAACUUAAUAGGGUGAAGGAUCUUCCUGCUCCUGAGUUUGGGAGCUUACAAUCAUGGGAAAGAGCUAACAUUGGUGCUUUUGGAACUGCUGACCCUAGUGCUGCUGACUCGUCUAGGAACCCACAAGGGCAGUAUGGUACACCAAUGCCAUACCUCGGAGAGACAAAGGUUGAAGUUGCAUUGUCUGGCACCGGUGUAAAAGAUGAAGGUGCUGAAUCAGGUACAAAUGGUAACGGGCUGAAAGUCUUGCCUCCAUGGAUGAUCAAACAAGGUAUGAAUCUUACAAAAGAACAAAGAGGAGAGACCAGUAACUCAUCAAAUCUAGAUGAAAAAUCAGAAGUCAAGGAUGAGAAAAAACAGGACUCAAAAGAAGAUGAGAAGAGUAUACAGGAUGAAUACAUAAAGGCUUAUUAUGAGGCCUUAAGGAAAAGACAGGACGAAGAAGAAGCGAAAAGGAAGAUACAGCAGGAAGGGGAUACAUUUGCUUCUGCGUCUCAUUCUGAACGGCAGGUGGGCAUGAAAUCCAAACGAGAGGAUGAUGAUGAGGGUGUUGAAUGGGAAGAAGAGCAACCUGCAGGGAAUACAGCUGAGACAUACAAACUGGCAGAUUUGAAUGUUGAAGCCCAAGAAUCUGGUGAUGAAGAAGAUGAAAUUGACUGGGAAGAGGGUUAAAAGGCAGUCACAAAUUCGUUAAAGUAGUUCAAUUUCAUUCCAGGAAUUGGAUGAUGAGCAAUAUCACCAACUGAACAAGAAGCCAAGAAAAAGGCAUGAAAAGCAUUGCCACCAAAGAAUUAGUUUGUAUGGUUUGUUUGACCAAGGGAACUUUUCGGAAGUGAAGCGUUUUCCUUUUAAUAGCGAAAACAUUUCCCAACCCCAGGCGGCAUUUUCUCCCCAAGAUCCUUAAAAAGCUACCAUACUGUAAAGUAUUAUGCUAUUGACAUCUUCAAGGGCCAUGUGGGUGGAAUUUAUUGUCGCAAAAUCAGCUCUGUUUUCAGUGAAUGAUCUUUUUUUUUUUUAUGUUGUGAGACUGUACGCUAUGGCCAUAAACAUGCCAUUUUUCAGAUGUUCUUGCCAUGACCUGUAUAUUAUGAUGGCUAUGCGCUAGAUUAAAUUUCUGAGAUUAAUGAAUUGAUUUACUCCAAGAUUAAUAAUAUCAAUGGUAGUUUGCCUA